CGAGGUUGCGGUUGCGGGCUUGCGGCUGCCUGUGCCGAGCGACCACCAAGCUGCCAGCGCGAGGCUCUCCGCUGUGUUCUCAGUCUACACGCGCACACCGGACCCCGCUCAGUUGCGCACGCGUGCACGCGAUGAUGCCCUUCCUGCUCACGCCGGGCGCCGCCCGCAUCGCCUCGGCGCCCUGCCCCUCGCCGUCAACGCUCUCGCGCCUACUCCUCCCGCUCCACCUACAAAUUAAUGGCCGGCACAACCACCACCACCGUCACCACGUCCACGCCUCCUCCACCCCCUCGCCUCUCGUCUACCCUCGCCUCCGCAACCGCCGCGGCCGAUUCUUCGCGUCCUCCCAGAUGGCGGCGCCAGCCGAUGCCCCCGGCGGAUCGGCUGAUGCGUUUGAGGUGAUCCGCGCUCACCAGGCAAAAGCUGCUCGGCUUCCUCCAGUUGAGGAAAUACGGACAAUUCUCGAUCAAAGUGUCAGAGGCGUUCUUGCCACCCAUUCUCAGGAGCAUGAUGGUUAUCCUUCUGGUUCAAUGGUUGAUUUUGCAUGUGAUCAGGAUGGUUCCCCCAUAUUAGCAGUGAGUAGUUUAGCAGUUCAUUCAAAGAAUCUCUCCGGAAAUCCUAAAUGCUCACUUCUUGUUGCCAAAGACCCUGAGGACAGAACAGAUACUGUAAUCACUGUAUAUGGUGAUGCUGUCCCUGUUUCUGAUGAACAAAAAGAUUCAGUGAGAAGUGCUUACCUACGAAGACAUCCUAAUGCCUUUUGGGUUGAUUUUGGUGACUUCAGUUUCCUGCGCAUUAAACCGAAAGCUGUGCGCUAUGUAUCUGGUGUUGCAACUGCUCUCCUUGGCUCUGGAGAAUUCAGUGCUGCUGAGUACAGGGAAGCAAAAGUUGACCCAAUAUCUCAAUUCUCGACUCCUAUUACAAGCCACAUGAAUAAGGAUCAUGCUGAUGAUACAAAGCUCAUUGUGCAACACUCAACCAAUGUUAAGGUGGAUUUUGCUUUUAUGCUGGAUGUGGAUAGCCUUGGGUUCAAUGUGAAGGCCGGUUAUGAUGGAAGUGUUCUGAAGUUGCGUAUUCCCUUCCCUAGGCAGGCGCAAGACAGGAAGGAUGUCAAGACACUAAUUGUGGAAAUGCUCCAAGCUGCAAAAGCCGCAUCCUCACAUGCCGAUUGAUGUCUAGUUCUGGAAGGUGAUGGAUCUCACGAAUGUAAAUGAAAGAUAGCUAGAUCAAAGAGCUCAGGCUUACAUUCAGCCGUUCUAUCAGUUGAAGAUGGAGCUACAAAAAAUGUGCAUUGCUUUGCUGUAUGUAGCAAACAACAACACGCGAAGCACUCCCAGAUAAACCAACGGAAAGCAGCUUGUAUCAUUGUAUGCAACUCUUUCGAACUGCCUGUUCAGCAAACAAACAACUGUCUUACUGGAAUGCUAUUGAUGUAGAAGGCUUAACCGCCGGCCAACUCGAGUGGCUUAACGAUAUACAAGGUCCUAUUAACUACGUUAUGAACUACUGUUCUUGUGAUUCGAUCA